GGGCCGGCAGUGCCGCGAGCUCGGCUGCAGGGACCGGCGGGGACGUCGCCUACUCCGAGCUCAGCCGAGCGAGAGGACUUUGCGAGCCAUGCUCGCGGCUGUGGGCUCCCUGGCGGCCGCCGUCUGGGCAGUGCUGCAUCUGCGCACGGUCCUGCUGGGUGCCGUCGCCUUUCUGUUCUUUGCUGAUUUCCUCAAAAGACGGCGCCCCAAGAACUACCCGCCGGGCCCCGUACCCCUGCCCUUCGUGGGCAACUUCUUCCAUCUGGACUUUGAGCGGUCGCACCUGCAGCUUCAGCGGCUUGUGGAGAAAUAUGGAAACAUUUUGAGCCUGCAGCUCGGUGACAUGUCUUUAGUUCUUAUAACUGGAUUGCCCUUGAUCAAAGAAGUCCUUGUCGAUCAGAACCAAAACUUUGUGAACCGCCCUACAACUCCUAUCCGAGAACGUAUCUUUAAGAACAAUGGAUUGAUCAUGUCCAAUGGCCAGGCUUGGAAGGAGCAAAGAAGGUUCACCUUGGCAACACUCAAGAACUUUGGUCUAGGAAAGAAGAGCUUAGAGGAAUGCAUUCAGGAGGAGGCCCGUAACCUCAUUCAAGCGAUAGAAGAGGAGAAUGGACAGCCUUUUAACCCUCACUUCAAGAUGAACAAUGCAGUUUCCAAUGUUAUUUGCUCUAUCACCUUUGGGCAACGCUUUGACUAUGAGGAUGCACAGUUUCAGGAACUGCUGAGGUUGCUGGAUGAUGUCACCUUUCAGGAGGCAUCAAAGAGAUGCCAGCUCUACAAUGUAUUUCCAUGGAUUAUGAAAUUUCUUCCUGGACCCCACCAAACACUCUUUAGCAACUGGGAGAAACUGAAAUUGUUCGUUGCUCAGAUGAUUGAAAACCACAAGAGAGACUGGAAUCCUGACCAAACAAGAGAUUUUAUUGACGCUUACCUCAAGGAGAUGGAAAAGAAUAGGGGCAAUGCUACUUCAAGUUUCCACGAAGAAAACCUCAUCUACAGCACCCUGGACCUCUUCUUUGCUGGAACGGAGACAACUUCCACAACACUGCGCUGGGGUCUGCUUUAUUUGGCCUUAUACCCAGAAAUCCAAGAAAAAGUCCAAGCUGAGAUCGACAGGGUGAUUGGCCAGUCGCACAUACCAAGCACAGCCGCUCGAGAGUCCAUGCCCUACACCAAUGCCUUCAUCCAUGAGGUGCAACGAAUGGGAAACAUCAUCCCCCUGAAUGUGCCCAGGGAAGUGAUAGAUGAUACCAUGCUAGCUGGCUACUACCUGCCCAAGGGAACCGUGAUCGUUACCAAUCUGACUGCACUGCACAGGGACCCAACAGAAUGGGCCACCCCCGACAGGUUCAAUCCGGAGCAUUUUCUGGAGAAUGGACAGUUUAAGAAAAGGGAAUACUUUCUGCCUUUCUCAGUAGGAAAGCGGGUGUGCCUUGGAGAACAGUUGGCCAAGUCUGAGCUGUUUAUCUUCCUCACUUCCCUUGUGCAAAAAUUUACCUUCAGGGCCCCAGACAAUGAGAAGUUGAGUCUGAAGUUCAGAAUGGGCAUCACAGUCUCCCCGGUCAGCCACCGCCUCUGUGCAGUCCCUCGGUCUUGAAGUUGUCAGGGAGUGACCCUGAGGGACGAUCGGAGGAAUUGGAUUCAGGAAGCUCCAUGCAAAUCCCAGCUUUGCUGUCUCCUCUGAUGGAGCCUUGAGCAGAUCUUUUAUGUUGUGAAUGAUUUACCCUUUUCAUCCAGGAGAUGAAAAGCAGAUAAUGGUUCCUGCUCUCAAGGAAGAACUAUUACAAAAAUCAGAGGGCGAAUGGACUUUGAGUGAUUCGGAAACCAUAAAGCUUAUCAUAAAAGUUCUAGCUGAAA